UGGCAUAGGAGAGAGUGAGGAUGUCAGUGUACCGAAAGACAUCGACCUCAUGGCUUUACCCCUACUCUGCUUCCCGGGUGGGCUCCAAGUAACUAAUGAGCAGAAAGACGAACAAUUCCACUUCCUGGUUUUCACUGAUGUCUUUGGCAACAAGACCCAUGGAGUAGUAAUGCAUUGUUACCGACCAAUACUGGAAGGGAAGUCUAUCUUCCAGAACGGAGCUGGGUCCUCUAAGUGUUCUAAGCUUUUCUCUGCCUACGGCAUCUGUAUCAUAUCCAAAUAUCCUUACUUUACUGCAAUCAAAGACUGCCUGUCAUGUCUGUUAAUCCAGCUGAGAACGUGUCGUUUAUCUGACAUGGAGGAGAGAGUAAAGGAGUUUGCAGCCAAACUUUCCCUGGUUCCCAUUCCCCCUCCUGGACAACUACAUUUGAUGUUUACCUUGCGUCCUUUGACCAUCGUAUUACCAUCCAGAGAAAACAAAGACCACCCAGCUAUAGAUUUAGACCUCCAUCUGCCUUUCUUCUGCUUCAGGCCACAGCAACUGCUACAGGUGCUCUCUUGUCUCCUGCAGGAGCAGCGGGUGGUGUUAUUUUCUGCCGAUUGGGCAAGACUCACGCUGGUGGCAGAGAGCUUCUUGCUUUUCCUACAGCCUCUGUUGUGGCAGCAGCCAUACGUUCCUGUCCUGGCCAGAGGCAUGCUGGACUUCCUCAUGGCUCCUACUGCCUUCCUUAUGGGCUGCCACCUCAGCUACUUUGAAGAGGUUGCUGCUGAAACAGAUCAUCUGAUCCUAAUUAACAUUGACAACGGCAGUGUCUCCACUUCUUGUUCUGAGACUCUGGACCUACCGGAGAUUCCCCCGGCCGCUGCAAACUGCUUCACACAGAGGUGUCAGGCCCUGCAGAUACAUUUUGACCUGCAUCAGUGCAACCAUGCAAGCUGUUCCGACAUCAGUGAGCAGCGUGCUCGGAGGAGAGCGUGGCAACACAACCUCAACCACGACAUCCAGAGGAUCGCACUGGAACUGAUGGUCAACAUAUUCAGGGAUGUUAGCUGUCAUCUGAACUAUGAACAUCGAGUGUUUAACAGUCAAGAGUUCCUGAAAACUAGAGAGCCAGCUGAACAGCUGUUUUACAAAACGGUGUUGGAUACACACAUCUUCCAUUCCUUCCUUAAGGAUCGUCUCAACAGGAAAAUUGACAACUUUGCUCGAAUGGAACUCAUCACUCGUUCUGACAUGCAGCGGGUGAAAGCUAUGGUUAAGGCACCACGCAGACCCACCAUGCAGGAGGUUCAAGCCCGUAGAAGAAGUUCUAUUGCAGGGAGUAAGCUGAGUAAGAGACUGGGGAUGAGCCUCCCUAACCUGGGAGACGACCAAACAAUCAGCUUUCAAAGAAACUCACUACUGAGCAGGAUCAGCAUCCCUGACGCAGUGCUGAGAACUCCUCCUAAACCAACAAAGGUGUUUAAGCUCCCAGAUUUCCCAGCCUCUCUGUCCUUCCACUCUGUCCAAGGUUAUUACAGUGAGCUGAUCCAGCAGCUUGGCAAAGCCAUCUUCUCUGUCCAAAAUGAGAACUCUUCCCUGCUGGCAAGAUUCUACUACCUGCGUGGUUUCAUUAACACGCUGUACGGGCGGCGGCUGGAGGCUCUGGGUGAUUUCCAGAACCUCUACAGGACAGACACCGCCAUCUUCCCCACACAGCUGGUCACAUGGCUUGUGGACUCGCUGCACCGAGACGAGAGGCAGCAAGCUGACAGGCGGCCUGAACUCAAGAGACUAAUCCUUAAGGUGAAGACAGACAGUGAGAAGCUGUUGGUGCAGCCUGAUGAACACGUCAAGAAGUUUAAGCUUCCCCUACACACUCUGCAUCUGGAGGAGUUUGUGCGUUGCAUUCAAGAGUGCGGGAUUGUUAAAGAUGUAGCAACUAUACACCGGUUAUUUGACGCACUCAGUGAUGGCGAGCCAAAGCGGGUGGAGCCGGAUCUGUUCAAAGUCUUUUACAACUUCUGGAAGGAGAUGGAGGGCCAGGCACAAGACGUUGACUUGCCCUCUGAGGUCAUAGACCAUCUUGACAAUAGCGAGUGCGUCUACAAGUUGUCGUCGUGUAUCAAGACCUCCCAUGGCGUCGGUAAAAUUGCCAUGACUCAGAAACGUCUCUUCUUGCUGUCCGUGGGAAGACUAGGAUUCCUGGAAAUAGCAAAGUUCAGAGACAUAGAGGAUGUGAAGAUUUCCUCAGCUCCGUUUCUACUUGUUCGUAUUCCUUCCCUCCGUAUUAAGACCUCUGGUAAGCUAGAGGUGUUUGAGGCUAAUCUAAAGACGGAGACCGAACUCUGGAACCUCAUGGUGAAAGAGAUGUGGGCCGGACGCAGGAUGGCCGACCAGCACAAGGACCCUCAGUACAUGACUCAGGCUCUGACCAAUGUCCUGUUAAUAGAUGCUGUCAUGGGCUGCCUGCAGACACAGAGGUCCAUCAUUGCUGCCUCAAAGCUGGCCUACUUCGAUAAGAUCAAAUAUGAAGUACCCAUGAUGGUGCCUAAAACUACCUCAGAGACCCUCAAACACAAGAUCAACCCCUCACUGGACCUGGCCGAACCACAGACUGUUCAUGUGCUGCUUUAUACACCAGGUCAGUUGACUUGCAAUGACUCGGCGGCUGAGAUGAACCCCAAACUGUGGGUGGCUCUCAGUGGGGGCAGAGUGGUGGUGUUUGAUGCAGCUAGCUGGUCCAUGCUGCAGGACUGCAUCCAGGUCGGAGAGACGCAGCUGAACUGCAUGUUGGGAUUUGUCCAGGAGCAGGUGUGGAUUGGCUCUCAGGACUCUGUGAUCUACAUCAUUGACACUCACAGCAUGUCCUGCAACAAACAGCUGACUGAACACAGACAUGAAGUGACUGGACUGACGGUGGACCACAGAGAUGUUCAGAUGUACUCCUGCAGCAGUGAUGGGACGGUCCUGCAGUGGGACUCAGCCAGUCUCAAAGUGAAGCGACAGAUACACGUCAGCUGCGACCGUCUGUCCUCCAUACAGAUCUAUGAUGGCACAUUGUGGUGCUGUUGUGACGAUAGCAUUGUGGAACUGAAAAAGAAUGGGACACCACAAAGAAGAAUGGCACUUCCUGACGACUUACUGAGCAUGCCCAGUAUCUUCAGCAGCUUCGUCCUCAUCCCAGAGCGAGGUCAGUUGUGGACGGGCUGUUCAGACUCAGGCGAGCUGAUUCUCUGGCACACUAACAACCACAGACGUCCAUUCAAGAGAAUCUCCCUGCCAGGCUGUUCAGGAGUCACCUGUAUGAUCCAAGUCAAGGACCAGAUCUGGGUGGGCUGUCGUGCCUGGAGCGGUAUCGGGGGUAAGUGUGAGGAUCAACCGAGAAGUCAGGUGUUGGUGAUGGACGCUGAGAGCCAUACUGUGGCGAAGGAGCUAAAGGCCCACUCAGACAGCAUCCAGACGCUCUGCUCUGCUGAGGACCGCUACGUCCUGAGCGGCUCCGCACGACGCGACGGCAAGAUAGCCAUCUGGAAAGUCGAGUAAAAGCAGAGAUAGAGUGGGAGAGGAAAGAGGAACACAUGUAAGGAGUGAGCACUUGCACAACAUUAGGUUAAUGUGCGCAACUAAAGCCCACCCAGAUAUUAGAAUUCCAGAAAGUGUUGAACUCUUACAGACCAGAUCAUCCUGUGGGUGUCGUAGAGCACGUGUGUAGACAGGGUACAAUGGUGAAGAGAGAAAAUAAAUGAAUAGAGGUGCAGAGAAAAGUGAUUUUCUUAGUUUAGCUGGAAUAUCAUUUUUUUGCCAUAUUUAAAUGGUAAUUUCAUUUUUAUGCUGGUAAUUAAAAUACAAAAAUGUGUGAAUGCAGAAGAGAGCUGUUAAACAUAUAUGUUGUGGUUGUCAUUAAGAUGUUGUUUCUUACACUGGACUAUGAAGAGCAGAUCUUCAUCUUCUUUGAAACAAACCUUCAAUGAAAUGUGAAAAAGGUCAAUUUGAUGAAUAAGGAUGUGGUUUUAAAAGCUUCAUUUUGUCUGCAUGUCAAAAGCAGCAAUAUUGAAAUGCUUUAAUGAUUAUUAUUCAUGUUUCUUAACCAAUAAUAUAAUAAAUACCAUUCCAGGUAUUAUCAUGUACUGUUGGUU